AUGCCGGCUAUGGUGGGCGCAGCAGGAAUGCGCUUUGUACCCUUUCGAGGCGUUAUUUUUUCUCCAUUUCUCUCUCUCUCAGGCCUUGGCCCGGAGAUGACGAUGGUAUUACUGCAUGGAACGACACCGGUCAGUGGAAAGAUGUUUCGUGGUGCCGGAGGCUUGAGAGGGGCGUCAACUCCGAGAGGCUGUAUGAAAGCAGACCGGUAG